AAUCACUUGAUCAAAAUGUGGAAUCGAGUGCCCGAACAGUGUGGCUUUGUUUUCUAAAACCCUAAACCCUCUUCAAUGGCGAGAAUUCAUACGGAGCAGUUUUGAUUCUGCAGAAAUCGAAGAACAACGAUGCAUUUCUCUAGGGCUAUUCAUCUCAGAGGUCGACGAAUCUUCCCUUCUCUCUUCAAUGGCCUCACUUUUGUCCGUUCCAUGGGAGGUGGCCCUAGGACGUUCCCCGGCGGGCUCAACAAGUGGCAAUGGAAACGCCUCCACGAGAAGAAAGCCCGGGAGAAGGAGAGAAGACUCCUUGAUCACGAGAAACAGGUUUACCAAGCCCGAAUCCGAUCUCAAGUUCGAUCCAGACUCUCCCCUGCUGCCGGCGAACAGGCCAGUGCCGUCGCUCAACAGCCAACUCAUGGCCCGAUAUCCCCUCAGGAGCAAAUCAAGGCUCUCGCUGAUAGGUUUAUGAAGGAGGGAGCUGAAGAUUUGUGGAAUGAAGAUGAUGGGCCUAUAGAGGCUCCCGCACCUGAGUCAAAGCGUAGAGUGAUCAGCAAGCCUCUUAAUGUACGUAGAUUAAUCUCGGAAAAUUCAAAUUCUGGCCAGAAUUCCAGUGGGUUUUCAAGCUUCAGGAGCUUCUCGAGUGAUACUAGAAGUUCUGUGAGGUCUCUUAAUUCUUUAGGUGGCGGUGGAUGUGCAUUUUUGGGAAAUUUGGUGAGUAUAGGUGAUAUAGAAUACGUGAAUCAUACUAUAUUGCAUAGUUUUUUGACAACCAGAAGCUAUUCCCUUGAUACAAGGAGUGCAAGUGGUGUGAAAAGGCCUGAUGUUGAAAGAAAAAGGAGUGUGAAACUUGAGGAUAGUUCAAGGAAGGAUGUGACGGAUUCGAGAGGACAAAGAGCCAAGUGGCCAAGUAAGUUCAGGUCAAAUAUGUCUGAUUCAUCUGAUGAAGACGAGUACGAUGAUGGUAUGGCGCUUGAAGAAGAAAAUAAAAGUAUCACUAAUGCUAAGAGAAUGAGUAGUGCUGCUCUGGGGAAGUAUGAUGUGAAGUUGGAAAAGCGAGUGCCGUUGCCGAUUAUAGGAUACGAGGAAGAUUUGUCACAGCAAGUGGAAGAAAUUCGUAAGGAGGUGAUUCAGAGGAGAUUGCAGAAAUAUGACUGUGGGGAAGACGAGGGUGAAUCUCAAUCUCUUCUUAGUGUGAAAAGGUUUGAUGAAUACGAGAUAUCUCCAUCAACUGUAAAGGCACUCACAGAAGCAGGUUAUGUAAAAAUGACUAGGGUUCAAGAGGCUACCUUAUCUGCUUGCCUUGACGGAAGUGAUGCAUUAGUCAAGGCAAGGACUGGCACUGGGAAAACUGUUGCUUUCUUGAUUCCUGCUAUUGAAACAGUUCUGAAGCCACAAAGGAGCAGGACAGCUCAAAGGUUCCCGCCUCUAUAUGUGCUUAUUUUAUGCCCAAUGAGAGAACUUGCUAGUCAGAUAGCUGCAGAAACAAACGUGUUACUGAAGCACCAUGACAACAUUGGUGUGCAAACACUGGUCGGGGGAACACGCUUCAAGGUUGACCAACAACGCCUGGAAUCACAUCCAUCGCAGAUUAUAGUGGCGACACCAGGUAGAUUGCUGGACCACAUUGAGAAUAAGUCUGGAUUCUCCACACGUUUGAUGGGAUUGAGGAUGCUCAUACUAGAUGAAGCAGACCACUUAUUGGACCUUGGUUUCCGAAAAGACAUAGAAAAGAUUGUUGAUUGCCUGCCUCGUCAAAGACAAACUUUACUCUUUUCUGCUACCAUUCCAAAGGAGGUUCGCCGAAUAUCUCAACUUGUUCUGAAAAGAGAACAUGCAUAUAUUGAUACAGUGGGGCUUGCUUUGGAGACUAAUGCAAAGGUUAAACAAUUUUGUCUUGUUGCUCCACAUGAACAACAUUUUCAAGUGGUGCAUCACCUUUUGAGAGAUCACAUCUCAAAAGUGCCUGAUUACAAGAUAAUUGUUUUUUGUACAACAUCAAUGAUGACAUCGCUCAUGUUUUCUCUAUAUCGCGAGAUGAAAAUGAAUGUCAGAGAGAUACAUACCAGAAAGCCUCAACUUUAUCGUACUCGAAUCUCUGAUGAAUUUAAGGAAACAAAACGUGUAAUUCUAAUAACAUCUGAUGUUUCAUCCCGUGGAAUGAAUUAUCCAGAUGUCACAUUGGUUAUUCAGGUAGGGAUCCCUGUGGACAGGGAGCAAUACAUACAUCGGCUUGGAAGAACAGGACGUGAAGGAAAAGAUGGAGAAGGCAUCCUAUUGAUUGCACCUUGGGAAGAAUAUUUCUUGGAUGGGCUGAAAGACCUCCCAGUUCAGAAAUGUGACUUGCCUAUUUUAGAUCCUAAUAUUACAGCGAAGAUAGAAGAAUCGAUGGCGAGGGUUGAUAACAGUGUCAAAGAAGGGGCAUACCAUGCUUGGCUCGGAUAUUAUAGUUCAAUCAGGGAAAUAGGACGGGACAAAACUACCCUUGUUUCGUUGGCAAACCAAUUCAGCGAUUCUAUUGGGUUGGAGAGGCCCCCCUCGUUGUUCCGGAAAACUGCAAUAAAGAUGGGAUUAAAGGAUAUUCCCGGAAUACGCUUGAGGAAAUAGCUGCAUCAUGACAGGUUUGAGGAAAAAUGUUACUCAGUAUUAUUCUAUUUUAUUUUUACUAGUUGUUACUUUGUACCAUAGUUUGAGUUUGUUAGUUUUCACUUGUUUCCAAAAUUGUAACAUGGCAUUGGCUCAUGUUCUUGUGUACUUUUUGAGGUUAAAUUAUUUUACUAGGUGGUGUAUUACAAAGAGGCAAUAGAUGUUCAAAUGUACC